ACCUACUAUAUAAACACACACCUACACAACUUGUCUCCAUACAUCAUCAUCUUCUUCACAGGCCUUCUCAUUUCAUCUUCGUCUCUGCAGAUAACUCUCUCUCUCUCGCCGGAUUUUUCAUUUCACUUGCAGAGCUCACGAUCUUACUCAAUGGCGUCGAGAAACUCCGUAGCCGGAUUCGCGUUAUUCACAUUCGUAUUCGCCGUCUUCUCGUCUCUCGCCGGCGCUCAAACCCUAGCUCCCGCUCCUGCUCCCACCAGUGAUGGGACAUCGAUAGAUCAAGGGAUAGCGUAUUUGCUAAUGGUGGUGGCGCUCGUGCUCACUUACCUAAUCCAUCCUCUCGAUGCAUCUUCUUCCCUCAGCUUCUUCUGAUUUUUUUUUUUAGUUUCAUUUUGAGCGCUAUUAUUGUGGAUAACAAACAGUCUCUCAUGAUUUGUGCUUCUUCUGUCUUGAUUAUUAUGAUGAUGAUGAUGAUGAUUUUCGGGGAUUGAAUCAAUCAUAUUGUUUGUUUGUUUGUUUAUCCUCUUUUAUAUUUAAUUUAUUCUUAUUCAUAUA